ACGGAAUCCAGUAAGUGACCGAGCGUCCACCGUACCGGCCGGCUAGAACCGGCAUAUUCACUUAAUUUCCAUUUUAUUUACAUACCAACUUCUAACCAACUCGCUCUUCCUACAAAACUGUCAGUAAAACCAUAGCUUGUGUAGGUUACGCACGUCAAAAUGCCUUCUUUCAUAGAAUAUUCUGCUGAAACAGACUUCCCAAUCCAAAAUCUACCGUACGGCGUCUUCACAUCGGCCAAAAAUGAACAUAAACACAUAGGUGUAGCUAUAGGAGAUUGGAUUUUAGAUCUGAAUGUGAUAUCACAUUUAUUCAACGGACCACUGUUGAAAGACAAACAACAUGUUUUUAAGGAGCAAACACUCAAUGCGUUCAUGGGUCUUACACGGCCACAUUGGCUGGAAGCCAGGUUGACCCUGCAAAGCCUGUUGGAUGUCUCCAACCCUACUCUACAGAAUGAUAGUACGCUAAGAGAGAAGGCAUUCAUAAAACAAAGAGAGGCACAAAUGCACCUGCCGGCCGAUAUCGGCGACUACACCGACUUCUACUCGUCAAUCCACCACGCUACGAAUGUAGGCAUCAUGUUCCGCAGCAAAGAAAAUGCUCUAAUGCCCAACUGGAAACAUCUGCCAGUCGGCUACCACGGGCGAUCCAGUUCAAUAGUGAUAUCCGGGACGCCCAUCACCAGACCAUUCGGACAAACGUUGCCCGUAGAAGGGGCGGACCCUCACUUCGGUCCUUGCCGCUUGAUGGACUUCGAGCUGGAGGUGGCAUGCUUCGUGGGCGGGCCGCCGACUCAGUUGGGCGAGCGCGUCACGGCGCGACAUGCAGAGGAGCACAUCUUCGGGUUUGUGCUCAUGAACGACUGGAGCGCCCGAGACAUCCAGAAGUGGGAAUAUGUGCCGCUCGGCCCGUUCACGGCUAAGAACUUGGGAACCAGCAUCUCCCCCUGGGUGGUGACAGUCGAAGCUCUGACUCCUUACAUUGUAGACAACUAUCCUCAAGAGCCCCCGCCAUUUGAUUACCUCCGGCAUGCCAACAACUUCAACUUCGACAUCAAACUUGAAGUCGAUAUUACGACAUCGAAGUCUCCAGUGCCAUCGACGGUCUGCCGCUCCAACUACCGGUUCCUGUACUGGACUGUCAAGCAGCAGCUAGCUCAGCAGACCAUCACCGGGUGCAACCUGCGGCCCGGAGACUUGCUGGGUUCCGGGACUAUUAGUGGCGAUACGUCAGACUCCUUCGGCAGCAUGUUGGAGUUAUCGUGGAAGGGCACGAAGCCUCUUCGCCUGAAGAACGGAGAAGAACGGAAGUUCCUCGCGGACGGAGAUACAGUCAUACUUCGUGGCUACUGCGUCAACGAGAGUGGCAGAAUAGGCUUCGGCACUUGCGAAGGAAAGCUUUUGCCUGCUGUGCCUUUUGAAGAUAAAUAAAGAAAUAUUUGUUGAAUA